CAACCCUCGCAUCGCAGCUUUUUUCGUCUCCCUUCGCAUUCUCAUCGAGUUCUCCUUCUCCAGUUCUUUCCAUUGUCACAGCUCUAUUCGAAGCCCUAGUCAAGAAUCUCCUUUUGGGCUUGCCUCCGUUCAAGCGGUCCGUUGUUUAAUUGACCAUCGAAUUGGUGAAUCAUGGCGACCACCGAUGUCAUGCAGCGAGACGAGAGCCUUCUCAUGGCGUCGCUCCUUGAUUUCCGUAAAGGAGAUGCCUCUGUUUCUCGUGGGCUGUCGCUUGAGAAGAAAAUUGAGCUCCUUGAGAGCAUGGCGGGACAAGUUAGCAACCGGCGGUCUCGGAGGUGGCUAAAUGAUCGGAUUCUUAUGGAACUUGUUCCUCGUUUAAAUGGAGAGGAAAUUAGAGGCUUGUUUGCCCCACCUCCAUGGGGUGAUGAUGUGCCACCAUCAGCAUUUUCUCUGACAAAUGUUGGGGAGUGGGACAAAUUUAGAAAUAUAGACAUGGAUAAAGAGGCCAAGAUAAUGGAUUCCUUGAAUCGUUCACACAUAAGGAGGAAAGGUGAGGUAGACACGGACAGGACAGCCGUCUUGAAUGCCUGGCGAAGAAUAGAUUGUAGAACAAGAGAGGCUCUCCGACGUAGCUUUCUACCAGAACUAAUCGAGGGCUACGAGAACUACAUUCGACAUUUCCUGGAGGAAGGUGGUGAAGGAGAUGUCCUUGAACUCAGAGUUCAGGACCCCUUUCACAGAUUGCUUCUGCACGGUGUCUGUGAGUUCUACAACUUGGCGUCUGUAACUGAGACGGAGCAAAUAGUAGGAGCGAAAUCGAGGAAGACGACAAAGAUAAGAAGGAAGAAGGGGGGCUCGGCCGAGAAUCCAAACAUCAGCCUGGCACAUUUCUUGAAGAUGACAAAGGAAGGAGCUUGGUAAUCUCUGCAACAUCCCCAUGGACGAUGCGUCCAUGGCUGUAAAAUAAAUAAAAGUGUAGUAUUUUGCUCACAUUGCGGAACUUCCCCCACAUUGAACAUUCUUAUGACCAAACUCUGUUUGGAAUGUACAAUUUUUUCUCUCUACAA